AAGCUUUUAACGGGUAUCACCAAAGUUAUAAACCUUUAAUCAAAUUAUCAUUAUCGUCUAAUUCGCUGUUUUCCAUAUUCGGCUGAGAGAGAGAGAGAGAGAGAGAGAGAGAGAGACUAUGGCUGAGGAACAGAAGAUAACGUUAGACACAGCACCUCCGGCUCCGGCUGAGACUCUUGCUCUAGCUCCAGCUCCAGCUCCAGCUCCGGCUGAGACUCCUGCUCCAGCUCCGGCUCCGGAGAAAACUUCUGAUGACUCCAAAGCCCUUGCCAUUGUUGAGAAACCUGUAGAGCCUGAUGCACCAAAGAAAUCGUCUUCCUCUGGUUCGCAAGAUAGAGAUGUGAAGCUAGCUGAUUUGUCAAAGGAGAAGACAUUGGCUUAUGUCAAAGCAUGGGAAGACAGCGAAAAGAGCAAAGCAGAGAACAAAGCUGAGAAAAAGAUCUCUGAUAUUCUUGCUUGGGAGAACAGCAAGAAAGCAGCUGUUGAAGCUCAGCUCAAGAAAAUCGAGGAGCAACUUGAGAAUAAGAAAGCCGAGUAUGCUGAGAAGAUGAAGAACAAGGUUGCAGCUAUUCACAAAGAAGCAGAAGAGAGAAGAGCCAUGAUCGAAGCUAAGCGUGGAGAAGAUGUUCUCAAAGCUGAAGAGAUGGCUGCUAAAUUCAGAGCCACUGGUAUUGUCCCCAAGGCAACAUGUGGUUGUUUCUGAUCUUUUAAAUGAGUUUUUCAAACUGUAAAAUGUUAAAACAUUUCAUUCUUUCUCUCUAUUCAAUGGCUUGUAAUAUUUAUUUGCAUAUUGACUUUUUGUGUAAAAACAAUGUGAAAAUGCGUUCAUUGUUCAUUCUCUUGCAA